AUGUCUCUCACAAAGAUCAUAAUUUCUAUGGCUGUCUUAAUAGCUAGCUGUCAAGCUAGCGGCUUUGGACACCUGUCACCCCACGCACAUGUAGCAGCCGUUAGGUCAUUUCCAAUAGUGCGAUACGCUCCAUUCUACAGCUUUCCAUCACCUGUACGAUCGAUACACGCAAUAUCACCAGGAUUUCCAGCGGUUGCUUCGUCAUUAGCCGCUGCACCAAUAUUACCACCGCCGUUGCCUGUUCAAGUGGCACCAGCACCAGUGUUACCGGCGCCUCUCCCAGUACCCGCUCCUCUCCCUGUACCAGCGCCACUUCCAUUCGCUGCCCCCUUACCUGCACCAGUAUUCGGGCCCGCGUACCCAAGAUUUGGCCCAGUGCCUGCUCCCUUAUAUCCGAGAGCCCUUCCAGCAUUACCAGUAGCCCCAUUCUCACCUAUUCUCAGACCUGCUUUAGCCCCGGCGCCGGUUGUAGCUCCAGCCCCUGCCGUUGCCAUAGCGAAAGCCUACCCCUAUGCGUUUGGCCCUCCAGUACUACAAGCCCCAAUACUCAAACAAUUUGCGUGGAAGUAA